AUGGGCGGCGGUGGUCUUGCUGGAGCCGCAGGUGCAGGAGCAGGCGGCGGCGGUGGCCUGCCCNCCACUGCUCCUUCAUCCCAAACGGGAGCAGCAGGAGCCCCAAACGCCGCCGCUGCAAAUCCCUUUUCCCUCUUCCAGGAUUUGAUGGGCGGCGGUGGUCUUGCUGGAGCCGCAGGUGCAGGAGCAGGCGGCGGCGGCGGCGGAGGCCUGCCUUUCGGCGACAUGAACGCCCAGCUGGCGGCGCAGAUGAACAACCCGGAGUUCAUGCGCUCCAUGCUGGACAAUCCGCUGAUGCAGAACCUCUACUCGAAUCCGGAGAUCUUCCGCUCCAUCAUCACCAGCAAUCCGCAGUUUCAGCAGCUGAUUGAGCGCAAUCCCGAGCUUAACCACGUCCUUUCCAAUCCGGAGAUUCUCCGGCAGACCUUUGACAUGAUGCGCAAUCCGGCGGCGUUCCAGGAGCUGAUGCGCUCCCACGACCGCGCCCUCUCCAACCUGGAGAGCCUGCCCGGCGGCUACAAUGCCCUCCGGCGGAUGUACACCGAGUUUCAGGAGCCAAUGCUGAACGCCGCCCAGGAGCAGUUUGGCGCCAACUCCUUUGCCCCCAACUCCUCGGGCGGAACCGCCGGGACGACUGGCUCGGCUUCGCCCAGCAACACCGAGAACCGCGAGCCGCUGCCCAAUCCCUGGGACCGGUCGGCGAAUGCGGCGAAUAACAACAACGGCGGUGGCUCAUCGGGAGCUUCGGCGGGAGCUGGUGCCCGAGCCGGCCUCGGCGGUGGACUGCCCAACCUCGGCGGCAUGCUCAACUCGCCGGCGAUGCAGUCGAUGAUGGAGCAGAUGGCGGCCAACCCGGGCAUGCUGCAGAACCUGAUGAGCAGUCCGAUGAUGCAGAAUAUGAUGCAGAGCCUCUCCAGCGAUCCUAAUCUGAUGAGUCAGCUAAUGACGGCCAAUCCGCUGCUGGGCGGUGCUGGUGGUGCAGGAGCUGGGGGAAUGCCCGACGCUGCACUGAUGCAGAACAUUAUGCGCUCCUUUAGCCAGGGCGCAGCUGGUGGUGCUGGCUCUGCUGGCUCUCGAAGCGCCAACGUCGAGCGCAUCCUCUCGAACCCGGCGGCGAUGCAGGCUGUGAACGACAUUCAGCGAGCCUAUGAGACGCUGACCGGCAUCGUCGGCGCCGAUGUGGGGUCGAU